UCGGGCGGAAGCCCGGGAAGCGCGUCCCUGGAGAGAGGGUGUCCCGGGUCCUCCUCUUCAGAGCCCGUUGAUCCGUGGGGUAGGGGGUGCGUCCGGGGUCCCCUGAUCCUGCAUGGGCUCCUAGAACCGUCUAGGCUCGGAACAGCAGCUGCACAGGCAGGGCCAGGUGCUCAGGUUGUCCGUUCUUCCCUUUCUUCCUCGCCACUCUUGAGCUGUCCUACAAGACCCAGGGAUCUGCAGGAGGGACCUGAGCCUCGGCGCUAGGAUGGGAAACAGUGCCCUCCGCGCUCAUGUGGAAACCGCGCAAAAAACCGGUGUCUUUCAGCUUAAGGACCGCGGGCUGACUGAGUUCCCUUCAGAGUUGCAGAAGCUGACGAGCAAUCUCAGGACCAUCGACUUAUCCAACAACAAGAUAGAGAGCCUACCGCCCACGAUCAUAGGGAAGUUCACUCUGCUGAAGAGCCUCUCCUUGAACAACAACAAACUGAAUGUUCUCCCUGAUGAGUUACACAAUCUGAAAAAACUAGAGACACUAAGCUUAAACAAUAAUCACUUGAGAGAACUGCCCUCUACCUUUGGGCAACUGUCUGCCCUCAAGACCCUGAGCCUCUCUGGGAACCAGCUACGAGCGCUACCACCCCAACUUUGUAGCCUGCGGCACCUGGAUGUGGUAGAUCUCUCCAAGAACCAGAUUCGGAGCAUACCUGACAUAGUGGGGGAGCUACAGGUCAUCGAACUUAACCUCAACCAGAAUCAGAUAUCUCAGAUUUCAGUGAAGAUAUCUUGUUGUCCUCGUCUUAAAGUUCUUCGCCUGGAAGAGAACUGCCUUGAGCUCAGCAUGCUUCCACAGAGCAUCCUCAGUGAUUCCCAGAUCUGCCUGCUUGCGGUAGAAGGCAACCUUUUUGAAAUAAAGAAACUUCGAGAACUAGAAGGCUAUGAUAAGUACAUGGAGAGGUUCACGGCCACCAAGAAGAAGUUUGCAUGACGUUCUCCAUGAGCAUGGGAAUCCUCGUAGGACAUUUGGAACCUGUUGCAACCGGCUCAAUCAAAGGCUCUUAUUGUUGUCACAGAUAUCUGCAGUAAGGAGCUGAUACUUCAGAUUAUGUUUUAUUUGAUCUUUUUCCCUUUCCAGGACUUAUCUGAAAUAAGCUAAAAGGAAUCAACAGAUGGGAAAUUUACCCUUUUGAGGCAUGGAUGGGGCAGUGAACAAUGGCCAUCUUCAAAAUCAUCAUUAGUUUGGCUUUAAGAAACCAGUAGCUAGUUGCUAUUUAUACAGUGAGGAGGGGAUGCUGCCUGCUAAUAGCCCCAUAACACAGCUUGAAAUUUCAUGUUUAGUGUCAACAUGUGAGCUUUCAUAAAAUUAGCUGCCCACACAUCCCCCCCCACCCCCCGCCGUUAACAUUUCACAUUUUUAUGAAAUUCAGGUAACUUGUGAGAGGCUGCUAUGGCAAUCUAAGGAUUUCUGUUUUAUUCCAGUCCAUCUGUUAUAUUCCAGUCCAUUUGUUCAACUAUAGUAUUUAUACUUUGACUUUAGGGUCUAUAUAAAUAUGUGACUGUCUUGAGCAAAAGUGUACUUUGUCGGAGAAGCACCAAUACAACACUAAGAGAUGGACCCACAGGCUGCAGUAGCAAAUUCUUGACUAUUGCAGGUGCCUUAUUGGUAGAGGGCUUGGAGAGCUAAAACCAUAUAUGCAAAAUUUGUAAGAUAAAAAAAGAGUUUAAUAAUCAAGAUUUUCCUGAAGCUUUGUUAGAAAUAAUGUCUUAUUUCUGGUAAUCCUUUUCCUCUUUUUGUAUUUAUAAGUCUACUAAUCAAAUUAUCAAAAAAAACUACUGCAGUUAUUUUAAAACAACCUAUGUUUAUCAAAUUUAUUCUCUGAAUGAGAGAAUAUACAAAAUAAAGAAUUUUUAAUGAACUUCAUGGCUGGGAGAAAUGUUCAUCCUUUAAAAGAAGACAGGAGAACUUUAACCUGGAAAGGCCUGUUCUCUAAAGUAAGCUGAUGGGGAAGACGUGGUUCCUGUUCAGGCUGCAUGGGCACUGCGGUGCCUUUACGUGACCGACACUCUGUGGCAGUGGAGCCAUGCUUAUUAGAGAGACUUAAUACAGAGGUACACAGGGAGACGGUUUCAGAUUGUCACUGACACGAACAUUUAGAAAGCUCCCAGUCUGUCAUUUUCUGAAGUUUUGUCUUAGUCAAGGAGCUAUUUACUAUGUAUUGAGUUGUUUUACAAACCUACUUUGACCUUUAAGUCAAGAGAUCAUAAGAGCCUGGUAUUUAUUCUAUUAGAGGAAGUGUCUCUGACUUUUAAUUCUGGUCUGGGGAUUCUAUUUUCCCAUGUUAUUUUCUGUUUCUCAAUUUGGGGAGGAAUAGGAGUACCAGUUUAUCAUUGCUGAGCUUUUUUUAAAAUAAAUUUUUAUGCUUGACUUUAUUGAAUACUGACUGAACAAUUUUCUUUAAAUAUUUUAUAAGUACUUAUCUAAUAAAUCAGAACUUAUAAACUAAA